UUGUGUGGGUGGGUGACUAACGAUAUUUGCCGUGUUCGCUUGAGGAAAAAAAAUAGGUUUGACGUAGUUUUGAAUAAAAACGAGUCACACACCUGCACUCAUAUUUAGUAUGUUGCGUUGUUAAGUUGGUGCCAAGACAAUUAUUUCCUUAUUGCUAACGUUCGUGGCUUUGUAUGAAACACUUAAGCUCCAAGAGGCCAUUUUUCAUGCCUUUGUGCGUAUCUAGCGCUCAUGGCCCAGGCAUUUAGAUAUAAAUACGAUAGAUUUUGUAACGUUUACUUGAGUCUGCAGCUAGGUGACUAAACUCAGGACAAAAUGCUGGUUCCUUUGACGUUAACCAUCUCUUUAGGUAUCUUACUGAAUGUACCAGAUGUUUUCAGUACCUCCUCUGUGAGUGUGGGAAGCCAAUUGAUGAGUAAAAACAAAAACUUAGACUUCUUCUUCAAAUGCUGUGAAGGCCACGUUGUGAGACGUGUCGGUGGUAGCCAUGCUAAGUGCUGCGGCACACACACCUACGAUUCCCGCUUCUUCUUCUGCUAUCAAAGACAUAUCUACCCUCUCUGCCGCAAGCUGACCUACAACCCAACGACCCAGCAGUGCUGCACUGGUGUAGUCAACCCUCGAAUAGGCGGCGGCCACAGCUCCUGUUGCCACACCAAGAGUUACGAUGGCCGCGUUAACUUUUGUUACGAGAAGAAAGUGUAUGGAAGGUGUCAGAGCAGAUCGUACAACCCUAACUCCUUCAUUUGCUGCGAAAAUAAGAUCAGACCCCACUUUGGCGGACUGGACACGAAAUGCUGUCAAGACAGAAGUUAUGAUAGCAGAAGGUAUUUUUGCUUCAAUAAACAAAUCUAUCCGCAGUGUUUCAAGAAAACGUACAAUCCUUCAUCGUACAUCUGUUGCCAGAACAACUUCUACCAGCGCCCCGGUGGCAAACAUGCGCGGUGCUGCGAGAAAAAGGCUUACGACUCGUCCCUCAACUUCUGCUACAAAGGCACCAUCAUUCGCAAGUGCGGUAGCAGAGUGUACGACCCUACACACUUCCUCUGCUGCAGUGGGCACAUGAAUCCACAAUACGGUGUAAAACAAGGACAAUGCUGCGGAAUUAAGAGCUAUGAUUCGCGACACUUCUUCUGCCAUGCCAAAAAGAUCUACAAGAAGUGCGGAGGAAGUGUGUACAAUAUCCAGUCGUCAUUCUGUUGUAACAACUUGGUCGCGUCUCGGAGUAGUUACGGUAGCUAUGCCGGCUGUUGUUAUAACCGUACCUAUGACUCGCGCUCUGAGUUUUGCUUCAGCAGCAAAGUGCACAAGAAAUGCGGACUGAUGCCUUAUAAUCCCGUCAAGAAUCUUUGCUGUUCCAAACGCGUGGUGCCCAGGAUUGGUGGAAGCUAUACUGCAUGUUGUGUCGCACGAAGCUAUGAUUCACGCCAAUACUUCUGCUACGGAAGCAAAAUCAUUUCUUUGUGCGGGAAGAAGCGUUACAACCCAGUUGGCGAGAUCUGCUGUGAUUCCGUGAUUGCUAAGCGCAGGGGUGGGUUGUAUGCGAAGUGCUGCGGUAAAAACAGCUACGACCAGCUAUCGGCCUUUUGCUACGAAAAAACUGUUCACAGCAAAUGUGGAAAGAAUCGUUACAACCCCACUCGUCAACACUGCUGCGUUGGGCGAGUCGUUCCUCGAGUUGGCGGCUACGGUGCCAAGUGCUGCGGUGCAAACAGCUACGACUCCGCGUCGUACUUCUGCUACGGUGGGCGCGUCUUACGAAAGUGUAACGCCAGCAGCUACAACCCCACCAGUCACCUCUGCUGUAACGGUUACGUGGUUCCCCGAUUGGGUGGGGCUGCUGCCCGUUGCUGUUCACGCUACAGUUACAGCUCACUGACGCACUUCUGCCAUUCAAACAAGGUGUAUGCAUUAUGUGGAAAGAUCGAGUACAAUCCUUAUAGCUUCAUGUGCUGCAACGGGUACGUGACAUCCCGAGUCGGAGGCAGUAAGGCCAAGUGUUGUGGUUAUCUGAGCUAUGACGAGACCAGUUACUUCUGCCUUAAAUCCAAAGUAUAUCCACUCUGCCAAAGGAGGAGCUACAACCCAAGCGUGACAGUCUGUUGCCUUGGCACCCAGCAACCACGCAUUGGAGGGCUGGCAUCCAAGUGCUGCGCUAAUGUCUCAUACGAUUCUCGCAUCAACUUCUGUUACAAUAAAGUGGUUUAUGGUCGCUGCCGGCAACAAGAGUACAAUCCCGGCACACAUCAGUGCUGUAGUGAGUAUCUGGUAGAACGCGCUGGUUCAAAUUCCCGUUGCUGUGGUCAAAAGAGUUACCACCCUGACAAGUUCUUCUGCAGCCAUAAUAAACUGUAUGCUCUGUGUGCACACAGCUCAUACAACCCUCUAGGGGACCUCUGUUGUGCCGGUUCCUCCAUACCGCUCGGCAAAGUUCCUCUGCGGUAUGCCAGUUGUUGCGCCAAGUCGGUGUACAACACCCAGUCGUACUUCUGUUUCCAAGAUGUGGUGUAUCUCAAAUGCGGAAGCCAGGCUUAUGAUCCUCGCAGCCAAUCUUGCUGUAACGGAAAAGUCUUGCAUUUGGUGGGUGGUCAAUACUCCAGAUGCUGUGGAUCAGUCAACUACGAUUCAAAGGAUUACUUCUGCUACAACAACAAGACGGUUAUACACAAGUGUGGCAACAAAAUAUACAAUCCUGCCAGUGAACAAUGUUGUGCCGGUAAAAUUGGCCGUAGUUAUGGAGCAAGAUAUUCCGACUGCUGUGGAAGCCUAGCAUAUAACUCACACGACUCAUUCUGCCAUGGAGGCUCAAUCUAUCAGCGGUGUAACUACAAAAGCUAUGAUCCUGUCUCGUUCAUGUGUUGCAACAAAGAAUUAGUGCUGCGUGCUGGAGGAAAGGACACGAAAUGCUGUGGCAAAAAGAGUUAUAAUAGCCGCCAAUUCUUCUGCCACAACGACACGAUCAUCCACCUGUGUGGUAGCAGCGCCUAUGAUCCGACCAAGUCCACCUGCUGUGGCGGUAGCCUGGCAGUUUACGGUCGCGUUCCCGCAGCCCAUGCCAAAUGCUGCAUCAGCUAUCUGUACGACGGCAGAAGUCAUUUUUGCCACGGCGGCAAGACGUACCUGAAGUGCGGCGCCGCAGCGUACACGCCGGAUACCUCGCAGUGCUGUGACGGUUCAGUUGUUCUACAGAAGGGAGGGGCGCUUUCACAGUGCUGUGGUAAAGAAAGCUACAAUUCUUACUCGCACUUCUGCUUCCAAGGAAAGAUCACUCCUAAAUGUGGAAAUAGCUCGUAUGGACUUACAUCACACCUGUGUUGUGCUGGAUACGUUCAGCCUCGUACCGGGGGAAACUACGCUCGGUGCUGCUCGGCUGAAAGCUACGACAGCUCCAAGUCUUUCUGUUUCGGUGGCAAGAUAUAUCAGCGUUGCGGAGGCCACGAUUACAAUCCUACCUCCUUCAUCUGCUGUGGAAACAUGCCGGUGACCCGUGACGGUGGUCUUACUGCGCAAUGCUGUGGAGUGAAGAGUUACGAUUCCCGGUAUUACUUUUGCGAGCAAAGGAAGAUUUACACCCUAUGCGACAAGAAGAAGUAUGACCCAUCGAAGUUUAAAUGCUGCGAUAACGCGCUUAAUCCGCGGUUUGGAGGAAACCAGACAGAUUGCUGUGGCAAGCGAGCGUAUGCCAGUGACCGCUUCUUCUGCACCGGUGGCCAGGUUGUCCCCCUUUGUAAUUACGCUCGCUAUGACCUGAACACUCAAAAGUGCUGUGGCAAUACCCUGACACCCAAGCAAGGAGGACAGCAUGCCAAAUGCUGCGCCAGAGAAAGCUACGACUCCAGCCGCUACUUCUGCUACAAUGACACUGUGGUGACUCUGUGUGGAGGAGCCAGGCCAUACAACCUUGCCAGCUCCCUGUGCUGCAAUGGUACGGUACAACAGCGGGUGGGUGGUAAAGAUGCCAAAUGCUGUGGCCCGAGCCCGUACAACUCUCAGUCUCAUUUCUGUAGCGGUAACCAGGUGUAUACCAAGUGCGCAGGCGCACCGUACGAUCCAUACACGGGUAUCUGCUGUGGUUCAAAGCUCAAUCCUCGCCCAUAUGGUGCAGUGCUGAAAUGUUGUGCGAACAACGCCUAUGACCCGUCCAUAUUUGUCUGCCUUUGGGGAACAAAAGUUGCACCGAAGUAUGACAAGGCCGGAUACCAGCUUACCGAAAAACUUCACCAUUGGAGUUUUUCGGCGGUUGAACUCCACGGCGUGCGACGUCAGCCACGAUGUGCGAUACGCGAGCGUGAAAGAAACCAGACAGAUUGCUGUGGCAAGCGAGCGUAUGCCAGUGACCGCUUCUUCUGCACCGGUGGCCAGGUUGUCCCCCUUUGUAAUUACGCUCGCUAUGACCUGAACACUCAAAAGUGCUGUGGCAAUACCCUGACACCCAAGCAAGGAGGACAGCAUGCCAAAUGCUGCGCCAGAGAAAGCUACGACUCCAGCCGCUACUUCUGCUACAAUGACACUGUGGUGACUCUGUGUGGAGGAGCCAGGCCAUACAACCUUGCCAGCUCCCUGUGCUGCAAUGGUACGGUACAACAGCGGGUGGGUGGUAAAGAUGCCAAAUGCUGUGGCCCGAGCCCGUACAACUCUCAGUCUCAUUUCUGUAGCGGUAACCAGGUGUAUACCAAGUGCGCAGGCGCACCGUACGAUCCAUACACGGGUAUCUGCUGUGGUUCAAAGCUCAAUCCUCGCCCAUAUGGUGCAGUGCUGAAAUGUUGUGCGAACAACGCCUAUGACCCGUCCAUAUUUGUCUGCCUUUGGGGAACAAAAGUUGCACCGAAGUAUGACAAGGCCGGAUACCAGUGAUAGAUUUUUUGUUUUGUUUUUAUAAAUUCACGAUUGCCAUUUUGGCAUGAACUUAGCACAGCCUAUAGGACCAUAUAGUUUUACUGUAUUACAAGAAAACGCACUCCUCAGAGAUAGCAUUUACUUAUGACACGAAUAGUUAGGUGCAUUAAUAAUGGCGUGUAAUGUUUGCUGCCGUUUUCAAUUUCGUAAAUAAAAUUUCACAUUUGUGA